GAAGCAGGUUGGAAGAUGGCUCUCAACGUGCAGCGUUUCCUGCUGACCCUGCUUCUUCUGGGAACUAACGUGUUCAUCAGCAUUUAUGCUCAAGAGGCGGGUGUGUCCGAGGCAUGGACCAGCAGGUCUUGCAAAUGUGACUGUGAAGGAGGAGAAUCCCCAACUGAGUUUUCCUCUAUUGGAUCUGGCUCUUCUAUGGUGCGAGGAGUGGACUGCAUGCCAGAGUGUCCAUACCACAAACCUCUAGGCUUUGAGGCCGGAUCGGUGAGUCCAGACCAGAUCACCUGCUCCAACCAGGACCAGUACACUGGCUGGUUUUCCUCAUGGCUCCCAAGCAAGGCCCGGCUCAACACCCAGGGCUUUGGGUGUGCCUGGCUGUCUAAGUUCCAGGACAACAGUCAGUGGCUGCAGAUUGACCUGAGGGAGGUGAUGGUGGUGUCAGGGAUCCUCACUCAGGGUCGCUGUGACGCUGACGAGUGGGUCACCAAGUACAGCGUUCAGUACCGCACAGACGAAAAACUCAACUGGAUCUAUUACAAAGACCAGACUGGAAACAACAGGGUGUUUUAUGGAAACUCUGACCGCUCCUCGUCUGUGCAGAACCUUUUGCGGCCGCCCAUCGUGGCACGCUACAUUCGCAUCCUCCCCCUCGGAUGGCACACACGCAUUGCUCUGCGCAUGGAGCUGCUGCUCUGCAUGAACAAAUGCAUGUGA